AAGCGCGCGUGGCAGCGCCGUCUAGCGUAAAGUGUGGCAAUUAAUUUCUCACGGCGCUACGUUCAAUCAUGUCAGAGGUGGAUAAUUUUGUGCUGGUGACUCGUCGUGGCAAACGUCGUAAUGGGAGGAGGAAUUUAGGUGGAAACGCGACUACGUCAAGCGUGACCGAGGAACAGGACAGCGAGAUCGAUCUUGAACUUCUUCUCCGCACGUUAGACAAGACGAUAGUCGAGAUCAGGGAUACGUCGUUUACCAGGUUUGUUGUCAGCCGGCUGACGGAGUCCUUAGCCGUUCUAGGCUCCAACGGUAUUUCCGAGAUAAUCUGCUACGGGUUGGGACAGUUCUCGCAGUAUAGGUCGUCGAGAUGUCAGCUGGGGCUUCUGCUGUGCUUGAAGGCGCGAUACGAGCCGGCUCGCGUACUCGUGUACGACCCGGUGUUCCGGCCCGAGGAGGUGCGGGCUCUGCGUACUCUGGAUCUGGAUGUUAUAGAUGUGAAUGAAGAAGGCAAACGCGUCAUCCAGCGAGAUAGGACGACUCUCGUAUACAUGCCGCAUUGUUCACGACAGCUGACCAAUAAUUUUCUGUAUGCGAACUGGGGAGAUGGAUUGAGCGAUUGCAUCCUACUUGCUAAUAGUCUCUCGAGGAUUGUUGAUACUUGUUUACAUAAGGACAUAAUAGAUAUGGCGGGCUACAUACUGCGCAUUCAACCUUAUGUUACAGAGAUUCGAUUGGAAAAUUUCUUUGCGUACGAGGAAGUUUUUAACGACCUUAACAUUCAUAUUUUUACCAAACAAGACUUACUUAAAGUCCCAGCAGAUUUCUGGAGCUCUAGAGAGGAACCACGGUAUAUUAAGGACGUUGAGUUUAUUACAGCCACAAAGUGAUAGAUAACAUUCGAUACACU